CAAAUGACACUUAAUGACAGUUGUCAUAAACGUGCAUAAAAUCUCCUUCAUGUUCAUGGCACAUGUCAUGUCAUGAUUAUGAAGGUGUAAUGUCAGUCUUAUAAACACCCCUAAGUAAAGUGUUACCAACAAUUAACAGUGAUUAUCUACAAAUAUCAAAUUUUUGCCCUACUAAAAACCAGCAUAAGUUGGUUGGCUGGUUCAAGGUGGGAGUAGCUGGGGUACGCUGGUCCUCCCAGCCUGAACAGCUAUGUCCAGCUUGGAAAAAAAGACCAAAACACAUUUAAACCAGCAUGCUACACCAGCUAAAACCAGGCUGGGUUGGCCACAAUGCUACAACAAUGCUACAUCCUAUGAAAAAAGUACACCUUUGCACCUCUAGAGUUUAUUUUAGUACAUCAGAGGUACAUAUUUUGUACCAAUGAAAGCUUAUUAGUACAUUAAAGAUAUUAGUAUCUCAAUGUUACAUAACGGUACCAAACGUAUACAUAUCUGUACCUAAUGGUACUGUAUUCAUUUUGCUACUUCAAUUUGACUGUUCAUUGUUGUGUUCAUUUUGUGUUGUAGGAACUGCAGGUUCAGUAAGGAUUAAAAGACAAAUCCAACACAUACUUCACACUGUAUUUUAUUACCCUCUCACAGUAUUACAUAAGCACCAAAAUGCCAAUACAAUUUAGUGGAUGGAAGUCCUACAGUGAGAAAUCAAAGCACCUUCCAGGUCAAGAACCCCAAAAAAGCCACGGCUACAUUAUGUACCACGGGACACACAAAAGCAAUGCUACAGCUAUCAUCAUAUCAUCAGGAUUCAGAGCCUCUAGUGGAGGAACUCUGGGCCCUGGAGUCUACUGUAGCAGGAACAUUGGCAAAGCCAUGGGUUACCCGGGAUCCUGUGCUCCUGGUGACAGAGUUGUGUUCAAGCUGCGUGUGAAAGUAGGUAAAGUGAAGAGGAUAGACUCCCAGGGUUUGCACUUAAAACUCAGUUGGCAUCAGAAUGGAUACGAUACAGCCGCCGUUGCUGGAAUGGAAGAAGACUGCGUUUGGGACCCAAAGCGAAUCACUGUGAUUGGAAUAGCACAUUGCACAGAUACCAGCACUAAGAGUUCCUUGGAGAGUCUCAUAAAGCAACAGGGACAGGUGCAGAAUGGGAAUGGGAAAAGUUUGGAUCAGUGUAAGGGAUGUGGAAUUCAGACAAAAGAUAAACACACAAUGGUGAAAUGCUGGUCCUGUAAGGCAUCCAUAUGCCCUUUCAUGGAUAAGCAUGUCUGCCAAAAGAACUGAGGGUGUGAUUUUGUUUGUUUAUUAGUUUUAAUUUAUUUCCAAACCAUCACUACAGAAAUGAACAUCAAUCAAUGUUUUGGCAAAUGUGUUUCAAAAGCGAGGGGUGAGCACUGGACUAAGGCGUUGGUUGCAAUUCGCAACCUUACCACUAAAUGCCGCUAAAAUUUACACACUGCACCUUUAAACCAUUUUCGCUUGGGUUUAGGGUUAGAUUUUAGAUUUGCUUAAUGAGGUUAUUUAAUAUACAGGUUUCUCCAUGUUUUUGUCCAUAUUUAAGCCAUGGUUGCUUGGAGUUGGGGUUAGAGUUGGGGUUUUGGUUAGGAU